ACAGUCUUUUCAUUUAUUUAUUUAAACUUAAUAUUUUCUAUUAUAUCUCACUCAACCUUUUUACUAGCUUAUUGUUAUAAAUAAUACUUUUAGGAGGGCUUUUUUUAAAAAUCAUGAAAAUAAUUAAAAGAUGGUAAAAUCAACAGAAAAUUCAUCUAGGGAAAAAUGCAUUAAAAUUGAAAAAAAUGAAAGUAUUUUCAAGUUAAAGAAAGGGUGUUGGACUUUUGAAGAAGAUCGUAAGCUUGUUGAUUUCGUCCGCAACAACAACGGUCAUCCUGGAAACUGGAAAUCUGUCCCUAAACUUACUGGUAUACUUCGAUGUGGAAAGAGUUGUCGACUUCGAUGGACAAAUUAUCUUAGGCCGGACCUCAACCGAGAACCUUUCACUGAGGAAGAGAAUAAGAUUCUUAUACAACUUCAUGGUCUUCUUGGCAAUAGGUGGGCUGCAAUAGCAGCAAGGCUACCAGGAAGAACAGACAAUGAUGUAAAGAAUCACUGGAACUCCCACUUCAAGAAAUACCAAACCAACAACAAUGACUCAAAAACUACACAAUCGGCCGAGUCACGUAUAGCCCGGCAUAUGGUACAAUGGGAGAGUAUCAGAUUAGAGGCCGAGGCCCGGUUAUCACUCCAGGCCCGGCAUUACCCCUCAGGAUUUCCCAGGCCCAACUCUGACAACUUCCUUCCUCUGUGGAACUCCGAAGUCGGACAGUCCUUCCGGAAGGUUCCAAAGGAGCAGGCCCCGGUAAUGGGCUGGGCUUCAGCUUCUCCCGAGGCAUGUUCGGGUAUAACGGGCCAAGUUUGGCAGCCAUUAAGUGUUAAAAAAGAGCAGUUUUCAGGUGUUACAGACCAAGUUUGGCAGCCUGUAAGUGUGAAAAAAGAGCAGCUACAGCAGCAGUGGGCUUAUUCAGGGUCUCCUGAAUCAGGUGAAUCUUCUGAUACAGCAAUGAAUAUGUUGCUUGAUUCUCCAGUUAGUGAAUAGAGUAGAUUAGUUACAGGCAUGAUAUAACUUUAAUCUUGCUGAGGUUGUUAGGAAUUUAAGCUCAUUAUUGUAAGGAUUAAGGGAACAUUUUGAUCCGAUCCUUAAAAAUGUUAAUCUAUGUUACCCGAUA